AACACAGAGGCGUUUAUUAUUAUUUUUAGAGAGCGUCGGAUGCUGCUAAUCGGCGUGGCGGUGCAGGCGGAGAGGGAACAAUAGGCUGACGAAGCGAACGCUGCUGUGGAAUACAAACAUGGACGCCCAGUCUGAGAGCUGCGAGCCCCCACCGUGCGAUCCUCAACCUCCAGGUAAAAUACGGAAAGCGCUGAAGCUGCUCAGCAAGCGCAGGCAGGGCGGCGGUGUGGCCAGCAUCUUCUCCGUGCGCGGAAAAUGUGACGCCGGACUCAAGUCGCCGCCUUCCAGGAGCAACACCGUGGAGGGACUGACCGAGACCGCGGCUUCGGAAGCGGACGCGGAAUCGCUCGAGCUGGACCAGGACAGCCAGAGGGACGACGGCGCACCGGGAGAGCCCGGUAACAGGGACGGUAACCUGGCGUCGAGCUCCAUCAGGCAGUCCAUCUCAUCCAUCACUUCUGCCAAAUCGCUGAGCUUCCUCACCAUGCUCAGGAAGACUCGGAAAGGCGGACAGAGGCAGGCCCAGACCGAGUCGCUCAGACCCGGCCAGCAGAGGAAAGGCCUCAAGGGUCUGUUCGGGAACGUGCGCUGGCCUCGGAGGGACAAGGAGCCGGGGGACGAGGUCGCCCCUGAUCCUGGUCCUCCUCUCCUGGCCUCUCGUUCCAACAGUGUAGAAAUCAUGAAGGAGACCCUGACCCUGACUCCCAGUCCUGCGCAUCGCUCGACAGACGGACCUGAAACGGAGCCACAACUUCCUCCACAGCAGGACGAUCCUCCGUCCUCCGAGGGUGCGACGAGGUUGAGCGAUUCGUCCAGACCGCCGACCAGCGACAGGCUGAGCUCGCUGCUCGGAGAUAUCUCGUCUAUCCUGAACCUGGACCAGACAGAGGGCGCUGGAGGUAUGAUCGGGGACGUGGAAGCGGAGUGGGUUAAAGCCAGUAGUCGAGUAGAGGAAGGAGCAGGUCUGGUUGAAGAUUUAGCAAAGAAGGAUUUGGCAACCGUUAAACCGCCGCCUUCUUCGAUAUCCCAACCCAAACCCGGUCCUUCACCUCCAGCAGAACGCAUUCCUGUCCGAGUAGCAUCACCAAGACCUACGGCCAGCCCUACAACAAAACAAACGCUUCCUUCUGCUUCCACACCAAGCCCUACUACUCACGCCAAACAUGCUGCAUCUGCUUUAACUCCACCUACCGGCAGUCCUACGACGAAACCAGCUUUACCCUCCGUCCCGACGCCAGCGCCCUCCCCUGUCCCAGCAGCCAAACCCAUCCCUGUUCCGGCUACAAUCCCUACGUCCCCUCCGAUCUCCCCGACCGUAUCUACCCUCAUCCCUGCAUCUCCACCCACACCUGAACCGUCUCCGAAACCUUCCCCGACCCCUUCUCCAGCUUCCACCCCGGUCGACAUUCCCGAAACUCCAUUCUCGCUCACAGUGAAGUCUUAUCAGGAACCUGCGGUCGCUACUGACAUCGUACCCGAGCCAACCUCACUUCCAAAAAGCAAACCCACUCCAGGGACCAAAUACCCUCCGUUCAUCACGUCGACCAAACCUACGCCCGCCGCUCCAGCUGCGCGACCCAAAAUCGUCACCACGUUCGGACUAUCGACCAGUCGAAACACCGCACCGAUUAUCAAACCGGAACCCAAGCCGUGUGCACCUCAGACGAAAUCCAGUCCCCCACCGUCCCAAGCUGACCAAGCUGGGUCACAAUGCGCCAAGACUCCGACUGCAGAACAUCCCGAAUUCGUUUAUAAUUCUCUGCCCUCGGGUUUCAUCCCAACGCUGGUUACGUCUACAAGACCUCCUCCGGCUGGUCCGCCUUCCUACGGCGCGACAAAAGUGGAGAAAGAGCAGCAGAACAUCUCCAGCCGAAAAGGACUGAAGGAGACUCCGGGCGGGGAAGCGUACGCCCGGCCUCCGCCCUCCUACAGGCCGUCAGCGGUGAAACCUACGACUCUCAGUAAGAUCCCUGUUAGCGGAGGCGUCCGGUCGAAACAGCCCCCCAGAGACUCUCAACCUAACGGCAGUAACGGACACUCGAACCCCCCGACUCCGGUAAACGAGGACGAGAGGCAGAUUUCAUUCUCGCGAGAGAGCAGCAGCAGGGAUCUCCUGAGCGACGUCUCGGCCGAAUCGGGGGCCGUGUCUCCCGUCCUGUCCCACAGUAACGAGGACAUCCUGGAGCUAUCGAACUACCCCGGGACGGGAGCCACCGGCUUACCCAGAGAGUCAAGGAUUCCCGUCAAGCACGGUUCGACCACGACCUACCACUCGCUACAGGGCAAAACAGAGGCCACGAGGUCGAAGAUCCCCGUCUCUAAGGUACCAGUUCGGCGGAGCGGCAAUAAGCCGGCGUCCAGUCAGAAAUAAUGGACUCACAACUGUUCAGAAUCUUCUUACUGCCGCCCGGACCUUUUGUGGUCGGGAUUAAAGGACAAACCAGGAUGGUUAGACGUUAUCGUGUGGACUGCGCUGUAUAUAACACCGGAUAUAACAUUUGUAUUUAUAUCGUGUCACGCUUAUAGACUGAUGCUGUGGAUUUUAAACCCUGUACGUCCCCCAGGAAGAGAGAGACGGCGUGAAAGCACGGGAGGAUUUAUCACCAUCGUGAUUCGUAAAGCCCAAAGCGGACGAUAAAAGCCCAACAUCUCUCGCCCGGGCUCUUAUGCAUCGUUGAUCCUGCCGGGCCUGAGAAUCGAUGCGCCGCUCGAGGCCGAUUAUCUCGGUGCAUAACAAUGAGAGAAUUUCCGACGUGAUCAAAAAUCUACUAAGAAUUUAAGGUCGGGAGGUUUUUCCAUGUCUGAGGAGGCGAGUAUUGGUACCUUUUUCCUGCCACAUUGAAUUUUCUAUCGGAGUUUUUGUAGCCUUUGUUAUGAGACCGUUUUGUCUCCGAUGUCCUUGGUGAGCAUCGUGAAUCCACAUUCUCCCUCCCUCUCUUUCUCUCUCUCUCUCUCUCUCUCUCUUGGUAACACCAGGACGGAACCUCUCACAGCAUCCAUGACUGUAUGUAGCAGACUGCGACUGCAUGCCCGUAUUCUCAUCCUCAGACGCCAUUGUGCUUUUUUCUUUCAUCUUUUCGUCUGUCUCUUCACGUUUCCCCUCGUGUCUUUAUUCCACGUCGUGUCGAGCACAGCGUGAGCCUCGUUCAGCCCCCGUCAGUAAAAAUUUAAAGGAUUUCAGUCCUGGGAUAACAUUAAUAAUAAUAAUAUUAUUAUUAUUAUUAUUAUUUUGGGAUUGCUUGAGUGGAAUAAGGUGGAAUGAAGCGUGGGGACAAUAGCAGAGCCGUCUCACCAACUAUCAGAACAGUAGGUCCAGCUGUACGGCUGUUAGUACUGGAUUAUUUUUGUGUGUGUGUGUGUGUGUGUAAAUUUUCAUGUCGUCCUGUUUGCUAUUUAAUCAAUAAAAUUAUAA